AAAUUAAAUGUUGUUGUAAAAGUUCAUUAAAAUAUCUCCAAACUGCUGACGUCACUUCUCCUUAAUACUACCUGCUCAGUUGUUAAAACUGUAAUAAUAUUAUUAAUGACUUAUAAUAAGUAUAAAUGUACAAUUAUUCCCAUUGCAAGCUUCCUGCCUCCAGUUGACAUAUUUAGAUUCCUUGUUUUGUCUAACCAGCAAUUCAAAAAGCUAAAAGUUACUCAAAAUAUUAGGAACAGUAAUUAUUCAAACUCUUUAAGCUGCAACCAGAUCGUUUUUUUUGGCCUUUUUGCUUUAAAAAACCGACAUAAAUGAUUAAUUGAUCAUUAAAACUGGUGAUGAUUUUGUAAAUCCCCCAAACAGUUGACUAAUUGUUUCAACUCAACGUUUUACAUCAAUGUGAUAUCAAAGAGUAAAUGAUUAAUUAAUUGAUUGAACAGAAAGUAAGCCAUUAUUUUCUUGCUUAAUUGUUAUUUUUGAAUUUUACAACAAGAUUUAACAAAUCCUGGAGUUUGUUUUCUUGAAUAAUAACAUGUGUAAAUAGUCUCUUGGCUUUAAGAGAAGCUCCUUUACUGUAAACCAGUAAACAGUAUCCUCAGGCGACAGGCAACGCAACAUAUUUGUGACGCAUGGCGACACGAAGUCCAACUGAAAACGAGAGUUUAAACAUAUAAAAACGCGUUUGCCUUUUGAAGGAAAAAUCAGUUAAAAGAAAAACUGUGUGACCUGAAGACUUUAGUUUCAUUGAAUACUUAAAGCAGAGUAAGUAGUUGAGGCUGUUUGUUCGGUGGUUCCCGUUUUAUAGGUUUUAUAAUCUGUUAAACCUGUCUAACCAAAUUUACAAGUUGGCCUUCAGCAGACGUCAAACUAUUGAUUCAUUAAAUGUAUUUCCCUCCUCUCUCAGUCGAACGCAUACCUACACAUCUGUCUCUGGAUAAGCCUGCCUCUUUCUCUUAAUUCCUGUAUCCCACAGGGACUGUAUCUGUCCGCUGUAUUGACUCAGAAAUCUGAUUUAUAAAGUCAUAACCUGCAUUUUGAGCAGAUAUUGACCACUAGUUAAUCGAUCGUGUUGGUCUCAGAUGGAUUUUUUUCUAAAAAUCAUUUAAAAAAAUCAGUAUACUGGUCGCCUUAUUGGAAAUCUGUGAAUUUUGUGAGUUUUCUAAAUGAACAAAUAUUCUGGAAAUAAUCUAUGUUAUCUUGGAAAAAGAUAAAAUAGAGACGCUGACCACCGACCUGUAAUGAACCUGUAAACUAGGCCUGUAAAUGCUGUUUUUAAGCAAUUACUGUCCUGUAUUGUCAAGAAAAAUUCCUGGAAAAUGAUUUCUUAACGAGAGUGGGAACCCUGUCUAGUAUUGUUUGUUUAUGUUUGUUUUCUCAGUUGUAACCUUUCUAACAAUGGACAUAAGAGUUUAGUUUUAAUCCUCAACAAUUGUAAUUUUAUGUCACAACAGGGUCCAGAUCUUUUGUAUUCAAACUGGGAUUGAAAACAACUCACAUAAUUAUUUAUCUUUUAUAAAAGCUUAACUUGGUGACACAGAGACUUCUCCCUGAGGAGCCAAGAAGCAGACGGCUCAUGACUUCUGACCAGGACACGAAAGUUGUAGCUGAACCACAGGUGCAGCAAGUACAAGAGGCAAAAGAAAACUCUCAUUUGGAAUCCGCCAAGGUUUCAGACCUCAACCCCAAUGCGAAAGCAUGGGCCAACCACAUGUUUAGCCUGGACCCCAGCGGGAGUGCUGACACCACAACUGCUGCCCUGCAGCCAUGGAAGGAAGGCUGCGAUAGUUCGGCCGACCCCGGCCCAGAAGGCUAUGAAGCCAGUGAGGACAAGGCUUACAAGGAGCCCCUACUAACCGACCCAGAUGAGCCUCCACCGGUGCCAGUGAUGCUGGCCGAGCCGGCCCCCGUGGCCUCCGUCACCCUGGAGUGCUCCGAGCCAGCCUACACAGAGUUCCCCGAGCCCGGGCAACCAGGGCGCACAGGCAGCGAUCCCCAGCAAGAGAAUCCCCAGGAGGGAUUGAGGGAGCACCUGAAGAAGACCUUGGAGUUCUGUCUUUCCCGGGAGAAUCUGGCCAGUGACAUGUACCUCAUCUCCCAGAUGGACAGCGACCAAUAUGUGCCAAUUGUGACGGUGGCCAACUUGGACCACGUCAAAAAGCUCAGCACCGACGUGGAGCUGAUCGUGGACAUUUUACGAUCUCUGCCGUUGGUCCAAGUGGAUGAGAAGGGGGAGAAGGUGCGACCCAAUCAGAACCGCUGCAUCGUGAUCCUCAGAGAGGUCCCUGAGAGCACGCCCAUAGAGGAAGUCGAAGCUCUUUUUAAAGGGGACAACUUACCCAAGUUCAUCAACUGUGAAUUUGCCUACAACGACAACUGGUUCAUCACCUUUGAAUCAGAAGCAGAUGCACAGCAGGCAUAUCAGUAUCUGCGUGAGGAGGUGAAGACCUUCCAAGGGAAGCCAAUUAAGGCGAGGAUAAAGGCGAAGGCAAUCGCUAUCAACACUUUCAUGCCAAAGAACGGAUACCGGCCGGUGGAGGUGAACCCGUACGCGCAGCAGCAGCGCUACACGUCCUACUACAUCCCGCCGGUUUACAGCCCCCAGCAGCAGUUCCCCUUAUACAGCCUCAUCACGCCGCAGGCCUGGUCCACCACACACAGCUUCAUCGACCCCACGCUGGUUGCACCGUUUCACAACAACCAGUUCAUCAAUGGAUUUACCACCUCGCACAGUUUCAAACCAGCGACGUCCCCCCUCACCGUCAGACACUACUCGCCCAGGAACAGGAAUCACAGUAAACCUCACUUGAGGCCGACCAUCCCGACAGCGGACCGCAGCGCCGGGCUUCUGGACAACCCGAGCCUCUUCCCGAGCUUCCCCAGCGAGAGGCUCAACGGGGUCCGCAGCAGUCCGCCGACGCGACUCCCAACCAGCCAGCCCCGAACCAGGUUACCUUCCACCUCCGCCUUCCCGCGCAGGGACACCGUGGGCACCGGACGAGUCACCGAGCCCUCGACCACAGACUACUCUCUGGGUAUCGGCAGAGGAAGGAAAAAUGUUUCUGCUUCUAGGAAAAAGAGGGACGAAAAGUUUACAAGAGUGACGCCUCAGUCGCCGCCUCCGCCUCCCAAACCCCCGUCUCCGAGCUUCGAGCUGGGUCUCUCCAGCUUCCCUCCCCUCCCCGGAGCAGCCGGCCAGCUCAAGACCGACGACGUGUUCGACAACCGGCUGGCCAGCAGCGUCGUCGUCGGGACCGCCAAGGAACGGAAUGUAAGUGCUGACUCCAGUACCGGUGGAGCUCUCUCUCCAGCGGGCCCCAAAGAGCCUCUUCGGUCCUCCGCCUCCCCGAUGCCCACAAGCUUCCAGCCCUCGCCGACGACCCCGACGACCCCGGCCUCGGCCCCGCCCCUGACCCCGGCCGCCGGCCCGCCGCACAGUCCCGCCCCCUCCCUCCCAGCAGCGGAGGCGAAGGCGACGGAGGUGAAGCCGAAGGAGGUGCAGUUGUCUGUGGAGCGAGUUCCCGGCACUCUGUCCACUGCAAGCAAAUCAGUGCAAGUCAACGGUGCUGCCACAGAGCUGAGGAAGCCCUCCUACGCCGAGAUCUGCCAGCGGGUGAAGGACGCCCCGACAUUACAGCAACCGCCGACCCCCAAGGAAGCCAAGCCAGCCUGCGCCGCCCCCGCAGGCGAAGAGAGGAAGUGCCCCGACGCCGCCGCCGCCGCCGCCAUCCCGCCGGGGGAGGCCAAGCCCAGAGAGACAUACCCCACUUCCUCCAAACCCGGCUCGGCCACCCCGGGAAGACCCCCGAGGGACGCCCGGAGGCCGGCCGGGCGGUGGGCCUCCCCGCCCCCACACCCAGGGAAAAACCCCAGCAAAGAUCCCCACCACACCCCGCCCAAGUCCCCGCAGUAAAGGGAGCGCUUCCCUGCCCCCCUCCCAUGCGUCCUCCCCCCCCCGACUAAACUCCACAGAUGCGUUUAAAAAGUAUAAAAAAAAAAAAGGAAAUAUAAGUCAGGGCUACUCAAUACUUAUAUCCCAGAAUCACCAGUUCACAAACGAGCAUAGAGGACGCCUUCUUUUCUGGAUCAGGGCUUGCAGACAAAAAGCACUUUACUGUGCAUGUAGAGCACCGUUUCAUUCUUUUACUAUAUUUAUUUGCUUCUUCUUUUAAUUUUCAGUUUUAUUUCUCCUUUUUUUUUUUUUUCUCUCUUUUUGUUUGUUUUUUUUUUUUUGUUUUGCUUUACGUAGUUGUGUCUUCUUUAAAGUUGACAACACUGAAAUUUAUUCAUUCUGUCCAAAUGGCCUUGUGGGAUAAAGUUAGUCUUGUGUGUGUGCGAAGCAGCGGGGGCAUUGUUGUGCCCUCCUCGCCGCCCCCCCCCGCCCCCAGUGGAUGAUGGGAGAGAGUGCGUACAACAGACUCCACCUUGUGUUGGCUCUCAUAGUCAGGGGUUUGUGUGCAUGUUGAGUGGCACUGUUGUGCGACUUUAUGUAGCUUAAUUAUGGGUCAUAAUUAGCAGAUGUGUUUAUUUUUUAAUACAUAUUUCACAUCCAUAUGCAAAACUUCUUCUAAAAAUCUCAUCGCAAACAAGACUCGGAUCCUUUGGUUUACAUCGCCUCAAAGUGAACUUUCUUUUUGCAGAUUUAUUUACACUAGAUUGACUUUGUUUGUUUGUUUGUUUGUUUGUUGUCCAGCUUUGUACGUCGACUGUCGGUGAAGUUACCGCUGGGUUUUUUCUUCCUCUGAUCAUCUGUAAAGAAUCACCUCCCUCUCUGCCGUUGUUUUUUUUUUUUUUACUACUUGCUUACACUGCUAACUCUCUAGCUGCGUUGCCUCUGGCGGGCGGAUGUGAGAUGUGAGUGCUGUUUUAAGCGUCAGACGGGAUAUCUGCAACCGAAAAAGGCAAAUUAGGCAACGAUGGCACGUGUUGUUGGCCAAAAUGUUUGUGGAAAAGUGGGUUUUUUUUGUUGCUCGCAGUGUGUGUGUUUCUUUUGGGAACUCUUGGGAAGCUUUCUCAGCUGCAACGCAAAAACAAAAACAAAACUGUGGAAUAAAACUUAUCAGCAGGCAACGCGAUGUCAAAGGAAAAGGCAGAUUUAAAAAAGAAUAAUGAGAUUAUGGCGACGUCAGCUCCUCGUCUGAAGCGGGGAGGUCGGGGGAAACGCUGGUGGAAGGAAAUGAACACUAGCUUCCAUUCAGAUCUGCUGUGACCUGUAACUAACUGCCAUAAGAGGAGGAGGAGGAGGAGGAGGAGGAGGCGGUGGAGGAGGAGGAGGCGGUGGCAGCACUCGUUCUGAAUAUCUGCUGAGACGACAAUGACUCUUUCAAAAACGCACCGAUAAAGAGUUCAGCGUGGCGCUUUUUGGUACAGAGAUGUUUCUCGUUCAAUCGGGGGGCGGCGUGUUUAUUUUUUUUUUUUUUUUUCUAGUUAUUUUUCUUCUAGAUAUGGUGCUAGACGUCAAAAUCCUGGAGUCGCAGUUAUCGCAGCUCAUCUCGACGCCUAAAAACAAAAAAGAAAAACUAGACUUACAUCUCCAGAACUUUGUUUGCACUGUUUGUGUUUUCUCGGACUCGGAGGGCAAAUGUUUGAUUAUCCUACCUGAAGCGGAAACAAAGAAAAUAAAAGGGAAUUUAUCUUUUUUUUUUUUUUUUUAAAGUCAAGGGAAGAGGUUCCCCCCCCCCCCCACGCCAUCCUCCGUAGACGCAACCCGCUGAAGCUUUUCUGCCUUGUUGGAUGCCUGUUGAACACACUGUAGUGAAGGACGGACGUUCAGGCAGCGUCACAUGACUUUACAGAGUCGUCCAGCUCGUUUAUAUAUAUUUUUGUUACGGAUGCUGAUUGUUGUUUUGUUGUUUUGCUGAGGGAGUUUUGUGCUGUUAGCAGGCGAAUGCAGUGGUUUGUUGUUGAGUAUUUUUGGUUCUGUAUCAGUGAGGAGUUUCAUUGAAAGAGUGUUUGAUGAAUAAGGAAAGUGAGACGGUUGAGUAGAAAGAUUUUACUAAAAAAAAAAAAACUAAUCCGAUGAAGGUUUUUUUUUUUUUUGUAGUUUGCCACGUUGGGAGUGUGAAAGAGAUUUUGUUGGGAGUCUCGUCGAAGGCUCACGUGAACGUCAUUGAACCAAAAACGUCAGACGAGCAGGUUGAGUUUCCUCGGCUUUACCACAUUUAUUGUUUGUCCCUCGUCAGUUUCCUCCUAGUUUUAAAUUUGCACUUGCGCGCGCACACACACUUAAAUAUUAAAUAAAAUAAAGAUUGACCAAAGCACACUUGGCCUGCUUCACUCCUGUGUCGUUCGGGGAUAAAUUACCUGAGAGGAGUUUAAAUUUAAAGCACAGAGUUGAAGGAAAAAACAUCCUUUUUAAACUCACCUCGAGCCGACUGAUGGAGGACGCUAUAGCAAUAGCAACCACACAGAUACAGGCUUUAACGAGGGGGAGGGGGAUUUAAUCAACCAGCGCCGAGAGCUUGUGACUCGAUUCCUUUCGAGUGAAGCAGCAAAACGAUGGAGACGCUGGGGAGGAAACUCUGUGAGCUUUGUGUUGGGUUGGUCCGUCUACUGUAGCAGCCACUUCUGGCAGAUAACCAACCAACUCUUGGGUUGUUUUACGGUUUCCUCAAGAUGUAAUCGGCCCGGGGAGAUAGUAAGAACGAUUGGCACUCGAGGUUAGAAACGAUAAAACUGUAAUUAUAAAGUGAAGUUUUGAGUUUCCCUUCCUGCUCGUCAGUCGUGUGCUUCGGUUAAUCUUUUUAAAAAGUUGUCGCAUAAAUAAAAAAAAACGAUCCCACUGUACUAUACACAAUAUCUGUUCGGGGGAGGGAGCGACAUGGGACCUCGCAUGUCUCGCCGAAGUCUUCCUGCAACAAGAAUUAUUCUGGGUAAUCCCACUAAGAGGAAAAACAGGAGCCCGUCUGAAGAAGGGAAACGUUUUAAAAGCCUGUACUCCUGCUCAUAGCUGCUUUUGAUUUGGACGCUAAAUCUUUUGAGUUUGUUUAUUUUUUGUUUUAUUUUGAAGGACUGAGAUGCACUUGGAUGGGUCGAUUUUUUUUUUUUUUUUUUUUUAAUUUUAUUUUCUUUCUCAUUGGUGGAAAUUGGUUUAAAAAAAAAAAAGAGAGAGAAAAAUGAACCAUAUCCACUUAUUUAUAAACCAAUGCUGUUUAUUCCAUGAGAAAUAUCGUUAAAGUUUUGUUUUGUUUUUUAGGGAGAAGAAAAAUAAAAUAGAGAUGCGUCGACGUCUCUAAAAGCAAAAUGUUGGAAAAAAAACAACAAAAAAAAACCACAAAAAAAAAAUGUCCAUCCAGUGUUUGAGAAACUUGAAUUUUAUUUAAACUUGAAAAAUGACUUUGCCUUAACUUUUAUACAAGACAAGCAUAGAGUUUAUUUCUUUUCAGAAAAAAAAAAAUCCCCCCCUCCGACCCCCCAACAAUGUAAACGAAACGUGACACGUGGAAAAUAUUUAGCUGAACCGAAACGUCACGAGUCUUUACGGAGAAAGUUCAAAUCGAGCAGCAAUGUUUUUCUUCCUUUUUUUUUUUUUUGUGUUUUUGUAAAAAAAAAAAUGUACGAAAAGAAUAAUUUGUUCUCUUUUUGUUUAAAUAGUUUCAGGUUGUUUCUUUUUUUUUUUGUUUUCGGGGAAAAAUAUAAACCAUGUAAAUGCAAAACUAGUCAAUACUGUAUUAAAAUUUGUGCACUUUGAAGUGUGUGCUUUUGCUUGUACAGUUGUAAAUACUCAGAAAAAUAUAAGAGGUACCUUAAAAUGAUUAUAGAAAAAAAAAAACUAUAUUGAUCUUGUUGAACUAUUAAUGUCGCUAUUUGGGCUGGAUGUAGGAUAUAAGAGGAAGAAACAAAAAAAAAAAGAUUAUUUUUUUCUUUAAUUUGUUUUUAUUUUUUAAAGUUUUUUUUGGGUUGUGCAGAGUUUGAAUCCUGCUCCACGCUGCCGCUGGACAGGUCGUCUGAUUGUACAUUUUGUUUAUUUGUUGUCUUUUCAUUCCAUAUUAUGGUCGGUCACAUCUGGGUGGACCCUCUUCUUCCUCCUCUUCCUCCUCCUCCUCUUCCUCCCUCUCUUCCCUCCCCACACUGUGCACUAAUUGGUACCGACGAGCAUCUUCUUAACGAACCUUACAAAGCUGCGUGUCCACCGACAUCCUCUUUUUAAAGCUCUGGCUGCGUUUUUGUUGCUUUUUUUACAAAUUUUGAUUUGACUGUUUAUUGAGUUUGUUUGUUUGUUUGUUUGUUUGUUUGUUUAGAAGCACGCGGAUCAAGAAGUUUGAAUGCUGAAGCUGUAAAAUCACUACAUGUCGGAGUUUUUUUAGUCGUCACUGUGCAAACAAACAGCAAAGGAUCUUUUUCUAUCUUUAAAAUACUACUGUUAUAAUACCGAGAUUAAUUAAUAGAUGUAAGUUUAAAAAGUAAUUUAAAAAAAAGGCGUUAAAGUAUUUAAUGUUUUCCAACAGGAUGUGUAAUAGUUUCAGAGCUGGGGGGGGGUUAGCCUCGUGUAGACCAUGACACUAAUACUCAACAUCGAUGUUAUACCGUGAUUGAUUCUGACAUUAUGCAACUCAACAGUAUAUAAUCAAACUGCAUUGUGUCCACAUGAGGUGGGCAGCAUGACUAGACAAUAUCUUAAUAAACAAUAUUAAUAAUAGGACAGUAGAGAGCUGAAGUUCUGCCGUUUUUAGUUUUAUUUUUUUAACCUUUAAAAACACGUUAAUGUGUUUUCUAAUCGAGGUUUUUUUCUGUUAUCGGUUUCUCUGAAAAGGCUGAAUUUGUUUUGUUUUUUUUACUUAAAAUUACAGCUUGUUGUUGUGUAAGUGUGUUUAAGGAGGUCGCCGUGUUUCUACGGUAGCCCAGAAGGGACAAAGCAAACGCUGACUCGGUCGGAAGUCGUAAUCCAAAGAUUAAAAAUUGCUAAUUCUGGUUAGCACACACCAGCUAAAGCUCCCCAAUAUCGGCGUUUCGGUAUCGAUACUUUUAUAAAUACGUAAACACAUUUUCUUCAAAACUUUUUUUUUUUUUGGUCAUUUAACCCGACGUGUGUUUAAGGUUCGAUACCAUCCCGAGCUGCGAGCGUCCGAUAGUGUAUCUGUAGCUAAGACUCAUGGGAGAUGUAGUUGUUUAUCUUUUGUUCAAAUUGGACGUUGAAAUUAUCCCGACUUGGGUCUUAAAUGAUGAUUUACGGUCUAAUCUGAGCAGGUCGUCGGGGGGCGGAUUGUCCCUGGUGUCACUUCUUUUUGCUCCGAAGAUAAAUUUGGGAAACGGUUUCUCUUACGGACAGAAAACUACAGGAAGUUUGAGCUUUUUCAGACGAACCGAUAAAAGAAAUUCCAAAAUACAACAACUGGCAGCACUUCUCUCUCUCUCUCUCUCUCUCUCUCUCUCUCUCUCUCUCUCUCUCUCUCUCUCUCUCUCUCUCUCUCUCUCUCUCUCUCUCUCUCUCUCGUCACGUAUCGGCGCGCUGACGUCGGUACCGUUCGCUCCUCUAGCCGGCUUUAAAAAAAAAAACAAAAAAACAAUGUUUAAAAAAAAACGAUGAAAAAAAACAAACACAAAAAAGAGCGAUGCCUGAUGGACACGUCCCAGUUUUGUCUUCUGUCUUCAGCGAGGCGAUCUGAUGUGUGCUUGUACAGCGAGCGACACUCGAGGCGGUCUCAUUUCUUUAAGACGCAGAAUAAAUGUUGUUGUUGUCGUCGGUCGAGCUGAAAGUCUCUCGACCGACCGACCGACCGACCGACCUCGAGUGUCGCUGCAGGUACCAGACGAGACAUCCAAAAUAAAACGGUUCGCUCAGUGUUUUUCCUUCUGACUCUGUUUGUUCUUCAGCUUUCAUCACUUCCUCUUCCUGAGAAAUAAAAUGUACAAAUAAUUUCAUUUUUUUUCUGUUUGUUGUUGUUUUUGUUUUGGGGGGGGGGUGCAGAAGCAAAGGGGCUCAACUGGAAUCACAGUUUGUUUGUUUGUUGUUGUUUUUUUACAUGUGUUUCUGGCACAUAACGUACAUUAACAUACGCAGAUUAAAAUGUUUAAAAAAAUAAUAAAUAAACCAUUUGAUCACAUGUGGGACUGCAAACCAAUAACUGUGCCAUUAUACGACUUGUUUUUGUUUUUGUUUUUGUUUUGACUGGGCAGUUUAAACCUGUACAUAGCUGAGCGCUUCAUCUCGGGCUUUUUAUGUGUGUUUAUUCUUUGUAUUUUAUUUUUGAGAUGUUGUUACUGAAAGUCCAUCAAAAGAAGAAGAAGAAAAAAAAAGACUUCUCACAUCUGGAGAAAUCUACAAAGUGACACCACUGACUUGUUAGGAGAAGUUUUUUCGUGCGUUGCAACUUGGCGGUCGAAUCCCUCGCCGCCAACCAACCCCGCCGCCCGAGGUCGAGGCAUGUUUGACCUCAAAACUUUUUUUGAGACGCGGUAAAACACAGACGCUGAUUACAAACUGGGGGGGCGAUCCCUGAACUGUGAAUGUGUGCAUGUGUGGAAUAAAUAAAUGUACCAACCGACCCCGCCGCCACCGCCGGGGGGGGAAAUCCAGACCGAUGCAAAAGGUUGUGACUCCUUCCUGAAAGACCUCAGACUGGAUGAGGUUUGUUUUUGUUUUGAAGGGAUCUCUUUGUUUUUGUUUUUUGUUUUUUUGGGCGGGAAAGACGGCCCCAAGUUCUGCACGCCUCUCCUGUACCGCCGGCAUUAAACGCUCGCGUCGCGGCGUUUUCCUUUUCUCUCAUGGACUUCGUACACGGAGCGUCACACCUCAUAUCAGCCUGUCGGGUCGCCUCAGCUCUCGGUCUCCUUCCUUCCUGUUCGCCCCCCGUCGUUUGACAGUGCCAUUGUUGUUUUUGUUUUUGUUUUUUUUUUUCUCCUCGAGGGUUGCAUCUUGUCAUAAAAACAAACUUCUUUCCUUUUUAAAGAUAUAAUAACGAAUGCACACCAACUGACUGGAACAAGAUCUCUUUAUCAACUCACUGUGGUUUAACUCAUUAACACUCUCACCGUGCUACGCUAACCGCUGUGGACAAUCGAUGACUCCAUCGCGUUUUGGGGUUUGGACAGAUUAUAAUUAUUAUUAUUUUUGCCUAACGACACCUUUAACAGAUGUGGAAAGGAGGUUGCGUUUCAAGAGGGCUUUCUUUUUAUUGUUUUUGGGGGGUUUUUUGUUAUUAUUUGGGUCUAUUCUUCCAUCGAGACUGGAAUCAAGCGUACAUGUCAGCUAUAGAUAAUUUAAGUUACUCUGUGUCAUGAUGUAAAACUGUCUAAUUUGGAGAAAAAAAAUGUAGCUUACUGAAAAAUAAAGAUUUAGGCACUGUUGAGGA